UCUUUAAAAAGGUGUCCCUUCUUCAUGGAACCACACAAUCGUACGCGUGUCUCACAGUUCUUCCUCCUGAGGCUCUCAGAUGAUCCAGACCUGCAGACCCUCCUCUUUGGACUCUUCCUGUCCACGUACCUGGUCACUGUGCUCGGGAACCUGCUCCUCAUCCUGGUUGUCAGUUCUGAUUCUCACCUCCACACCCCCAUGUACUUCUUCCUGUCCCAUCUGUCCUUGGCUGACAUUGGUAUAAGCACCACGACUGUUCCCAACAUGCUAGUGAACCUCCAAACACAGAGCAAAUCCAUCCCUUACGCAGGAUGCCUAGCUCAGGUGACCGUCUUUUCUCUUUUUGCAUGUUUGGAGAGUCUCCUUCUGACAGUGAUGGCCUAUGACCGGUUGGUGGCCAUCUGUCACCCUCUGCACUACCUGGUCAUCAUGAACCCCCGCCUCUGUGGCUUGUUGGUCCUGGUGUCAUUCUCCAUCAGCCUUUUGAACUCUCAGCUUCACUACUUGAUGAUGUCAAGGCUUACCUUCUGUGCAGAUGUGGAAAUCCCUCAUUUCUUUUGUGAGCUUUCUCAACUUCUCAACCUUGCCUGUUCUGACAUCUCCACCAGUAACAUAUUAAUCUAUUUCAUUGGUGCCAUCUUGGCUGGAGUUCCACUCUCGGGGAUACUUUACUCUUAUAUUAGGAUUAUAUCCUCCAUUCUGAGAGUCUCCUCAUCAGAUGGGAAGUACAAAGCCUUCUCCACCUGUGGUUCUCAUCUGUCAGUUGUUUGCUUAUUUUAUGGAGCAGCCCUUGGGGUAUAUCUCAGCUCCACUGUUUCUUCUUCCCACAGGAAGAGUGCAGUGGUCUCGGUGAUGUACACUGUGGUCACCCCUAUGCUGAACCCCUUCAUCUACAGUCUAAGGAACAGGGACAUCAAGAGUGCCCUAUGGGGGAUUAUCAUCAGAAUGGCCUAA